CUCCCUCAACAAGAUGGGUCUCCGCAGCCUUGGCCACCGGAACCUGUCUAUCUACUCAGCCUCCAUCAAGGACCUGAUCCUGCAGGACGUGAACCAGCUCAGCUCCCUGGAGGCGGACGUCCUUCAGGAACAUGCCUCAGCUCCGCACCAUAUACAUCAGUCACGCGCCUCGCCUGGUGGAGCUGCCGCCUGAUGUCUUCCACGUGUUCCUGCCGAGUCUCAAAGUCCUGCGCAUCGUCCACACUGGUCUCACUGUUCUCCCGGGCAUCUCCCAGCUCCUCCUGAACCAAGGCAUCCUCCAUCUGCUGGACCUGGAGAACAACAAGAUCAAGAGGAUAACAACAGCAGCCGUCAGCAUCCGCGCCAUCCAGCUCCUCCUCAACAACAAUAGCCUGCAGACAGUGGAAGCUUCAGCAUUCAAAGGGUCGGAGAUUGAUAAGCUAAGUAUGAAGGGGAACUUGGAGCUGACCAACCUGCACCCCCUCGCCUUCCAGGGCAUCAAGUCACUCACCACGCUGGACCUCUCCAGCACCGCCAUCACGCGGCUACCUACUGAGGGCCUGGGUGGACUGGAGACCCUCAUCCUGACGGGGACCCACGAUUUGAAGAUUUUUCCGUCAGUUUAUUCAUUCCAGCACAUUACAACGGCCCACCUCACCUAUCCGUACCAUUGCUGCGCCUUCAAGUACCCUCGCCUCCAUGACCCGGCUGAGCAUAGGAAGCAUGAGGAGUUCUUGAGGAAAAUGGAGAAGGAAUUUUGCGUGGACGUCACCUCCCCAACGCCUAAGAACUCCCACGUGGGCGCUGGAUGGCGGAGGCGGCGGCGGGGGGCGUCUUCUGGCUCACCUGCAUCACCUGUACCCUCACCUGACGCGGAAGACCAACAAGAAAAACAGGUGAUUAGUGCGCUGAGUGACCCUUCACCUGCUCUCUCACCUGCCCAGUAUUUUUCUAACACGGAGGUAAUUGCUCAGAGGAUUCCUGCCGUUGUCACGUCCUCGUUCGGCCCUUCCUCCUCCUCCCCCAGGCCCUCGUCACCUCGCCCCGCCCUGGAGAGCCGCCACCGCACGCCACCAGUAAAUCAGUCUCCAUCAAGCGGCGGUGAAGUGGGAAGGAUGCAGGGAAGGAAAACACAGGUGAUUAUGGGAGAGACGAAGGAAAAGGACGAGGAGGUGGUUAGGGAAGGAGUGAAGAGGAAAGGGGAAAAACAGGUGAUAAUUAUGGAAGACACUAACAAGGAGGAGGAGGAAGAGGAAGAAGAAAGGUUGGUUAAGGAAGGCGUGAAGAUGGAAGCGCCAAGAGUGAGUGCUCAUUCUCAGGUAAACAAAAACCAUUUUCACCUGGGGAGUGGCAAAUUAGCGCACCAGGUAAGGGGCGGGGCGGCCUUGUCUGCCCGUCUCCCUCGUUCCUUCCGGCACCAUAACACCUCCCUCCCUCUGCCCCCUAUGGCUCCCCCGGGCGGCGCUGACGGGUGGGGGGUAUCGGUACCUCAGGCAGAGUCCGCGGCGAGGCUAAACGAACCUAGUGGAGUCCUGCAGAGUCCUUCGUUGCACCCUGAGAACCCUGAGGACGACCCUGAUGAGGACCCCUUAGCUUAUAACCCUUACCACCCCGGGGGCUUCAGCGCGGGGGUCCCAGGGGGGUUUGAGGACCACGGGGGGCAUGGCUUGGUCCCCUCAGGAGGCUUCGGCGAGGUGGUGGCGCCCCAGGAGAAGCCACAGGAAGUCCCGGACACCAACCAGUUUUUCCACCGCAAUGAAGUGACAGUCAGCCCCGUGACAACAGUGUGUGGCGGUAAUCUCUCGAAAAAUUACCGUGACGUGCAGUGUUUUCCUAAGCCGGACGCCUUCAACCCUUGCGAAGACAUCAUGGGCAACCUCGGUCUUCGUUUGGCGGUGUGGGUGGUGGUGGUGACGGCUGUGUUCGGUAAUCUUUCCGUCAUGAUCGUCCUGAUGUCCACGCGGUUCAAGAUGACGGUGUCCAAGUUUCUCAUGUGCAAUCUGGCGGUGGCUGACCUGUGCAUGGGGCUGUACUUGCUUCUCAUUGCCGCCAUGGACCUGCAUACAAUUGGGUCCUAUUUCAAUUCCGCGAUAUACUGGCAGAAUGGCCCCGGGUGCAAGGUGGCUGGCUUCCUGACGGUGUUCGCCUCGGAGCUUUCCAUCCUGACGCUGACGGUGAUCACUCUGGAGCGCUGGUAUGCCAUCACCUACGCCAUCCACCUCAACAAGCGCCUCAGGCUGUCCGUGGCGGCGAGGGUCAUGGUGCUGGCCUGGCUGUACGCCCUCACCAUGGCCGCCCUGCCCCUCAUCGGCGUCUCCGGCUACUCCAAGACAAGCAUCUGCCUGCCCAUGGAGACAAGCGACACGGCUGACCAGGAGUACCUGCUGGUGCUGCUGGUCACCAACGGCCUGGCCUUCGUGCUGAUCUGCGUGUGCUACGCCAAGAUGUACUGCUCCAUCGCUGGCAACAACCUGGCCGCCAACACCUCGGACACCACGGUGGCCAAGCGCAUGGCGCUGCUUGUUUUCACGGACUUCGCGUGCUGGGCGCCCAUCGCCUUCUUCGGGCUGACGGCAGUGUGCGGGUACCCGCUCAUCAGCGUCACGCACGCCAAGUUCCUACUGGUGUUCUUCUACCCCCUCAACUCGUGCGCCAACCCCUACCUAUACGCCAUCCUCACCAAGCAGUACCGCCGCGACCUGUUCCUCAUGCUGGCGCGCCAUGGCUUCUUCACGCGCCGCGCCAUGAAGUACAAGGGCGGCUGUUCCACCAACACGUGGCCCAACCAGCACCACGUGUGCGUCAGCGGUGGCCCCGGUGGGGGCGGCAGCGGCGGCCCCAGCAGGCGCAUCUCCACGCUGACGCAGAUCACCACGUGCGGGGAGUGGCGCGGCAGGGCGCGGGACGGCUCCGUGGAGAGCCUUCCGCGCCAGGCCUCGCCACCCCGCAUCAAGAGCAUCUCCGCAGAGCUGGCGGUGCCCCUCGCUGUGCCCCAGGGAGGGAGUGACCGCCGCCCGUCAGACGUGUGCCGCAAGCUGCAGCCCGUGGCCGAGGUGCACGAUGGGCGCGCCUCGCCGCAGCCCGCCGCCACCUCCGGCUCGCCGCACCCUAUCAAGAACUGUUACGCCCGCAUGAGCUUCACGCCGGAGCAGGAAGCCCUGCUUCAGCGCUACGCCUCAGACCGCCAGUCUGGCGCCGUGGCCUCCAACGCCCGCCGCCGCCCCUCCUCCACGGACUCCCGCGACGACCCGCUGCCCCUCUCCCUCUACACGCCCACCACGCCAGACACCAUCACCACGCCCAUCUCGCCCAGCCUGGACCACGCCGUGUAGAUUCGCACACGCCUGCACGCCGCCGGCAGGUUAAUCUUGGCGCGGGGAGUGAGGGAAGUGAGGAAGAAGGAGCGGGCAGAGGACGCCAUGUCGCCGCCACGCUGACCCUGACAAUGACUUGACAGGGCGGACAAACCAGCAGGACAGGAUGGAAUACAGACCCGUGUAAAUAAUGAACCUGAUCGUAAAAACAUAGUUAACAAAUAUUAACCAACCAUACAUAUAGUCAGUGUGUGCGUGUGUAGCUCAUGUAAUGUAGUGUUUUAUUGACACACAAAUGUAAACACAAGAACACAUGAUAACUAGAUAACUCCUGUGUGUGUGUGUGUGUGUGUGUGUGUGUGUGUGUGUGUGUGUGUGUGUGUGUGUGUGUGUCACGUCCCUAACGCGCGCGCGCACACACACACACACAAACACCUACAUGUAUAUAUUCGUACUAUACGUAUAGAAACAGCCAAUCUUACCUCACCAGGACUCAGUAAACACACAAACACACAAACACAUGAAUCAAACAUUUCCUCGCGUGCCAAAAAAUGAAUAAAAUAAAUAAAUAAAAGCAACAUGAAAAAGAGACACAUUCGCCAUAAAGUCACACCUGUUUGAACACGAGCUAUAUUAUGGAUUUUAUGGAUUUUAUAUAGAAUACCUGUAAUUAAGCUUUUGUUGACUGUGCAGGUAAUAUUUUUGUACGUGCUGUGUGUGUGUGUGUGUGUGUGUGUGUGUGUGUGUGUGUGUAUGUGCGUGUGUGUGUGUGUGUGUGUGCAGUAGUGACUACCCUCAUCGUCAUUUUUGUUAUUAUUAUUAUUAUUAUUAUUAUUAUUAUUAUUAUUAUUAUUAUUAUUAUUGAAUUUUUAACGUAUUUAUUGAUGUAUGUAUGUUAUCCGUCCUCAUAUUACUCUCUCUAUCUCUCUCUCUCUCUCUCUCUCUCUCUCUCUCUCUCUCUUUCGGGUAGGACGUAGCAGUGGUCCAUGUCCGUGUGUGUUCGUGUGUUCGUGCGUUGCUGUGCCGCCGCCAGACGCUUAGUGCAUGUGUAGCCAACGCGGAGAGGAACCUUGCUAGGGUCACACCCCCCACUGGUAACACUGCUGGGGUUUCUCUUUUCUUUGUUUACUUUUGUUUAUCAGAGACCCGUUUUCUUCACGAGCUGCUUUACUUCAUGACAUUAACUCAAGUAUUCACUGAAAUAAUUGUGUUUUUAGAAUCAAUCCUAACCUAACCCUUGGAUGAACGCGGUAAUAUAUAAAAAAAAAAAAGGAAAUAACGACUGUCGAAUUAUUACAAUAAAAAAAAAAUUGUAACUUCAAAAAAGUGAUUCAAAAAGACAAACUUAUAAAUCCAUGACCAAUUAUUUCGUGUUUGUGAUGGCAUGAUUCGUGCGUUUUGUCAAAUUUGUAUCAGUAUUCAUCGGUAUUCUCAAACUUUCCUUCCCUCGAUUACUUUCAGCAGUCUGUAUGUGUUGAAACUUGCUAAGGUUUUCAAGAGCACUUCCAUGGCACCAGCGACAGUGUAACAAGAACUCUACAUCAAUGAAAAAAAAAAAAAAAGGAACCUUGACGACCAGAAUGAUCAUCUCUGUGGCCUUUGAAACAGUCCUUAAGCGGGAGAGAACAAAGAGUUUUCAGAAUACGGCUCUUUAUAUUUUGUGUAGCGGAAGACAACACGGCAAAGGAUCCUCACUGUGUUGUUUAAAACCACGCCUCACCUGCUGCAUUGCUUACCUGUGUGGAAGGGAAGGGUAAUUACUAGUACAGGCGCGGACAUUUGAUAUAUUAUUUACCCAUCGUCUCACUUCACUGACAUUAGAAAUUUUCCUCAUUUUUACCCAUUUCUACUCAUCUCUACCCAACCUCCCAUUUCUACCAAUAUUUCUAAACUUACUCAUUUACGCUAAGGACCUGAAUCAAAUUUCUACUCACUCUUGGUUUAUUAAUUUCAAAACACAUUUCCAGACUUAUUCUUACGCAGCUUGAAUAUCACCCAUUGCUGCUUUAUCCUCUCUCGACUCACCACGUCCCCUGAUUCACGGGUAACAGUGGACAGGACACAGAAACACAGGUACAGCCUCACCCAGCGGUACCAGAGGCAGGUGUGACCGCGCCUCGCCACCCCACCUUGUGUAGCGAACUCAUGACCGUACUCUGAAUCGCUGCUUUCACCUCCACUACAUUCAAAAGCCUCUAGUUGACUUUACACUGGUUUUCAAUGGUGUUUUUAUGGUUCCAGCGACAGAAUGAUAAGAUUUCUACAUUAUUAACUGGAGAAACACUCGUGAGAACCCGGUUAAUCAUCUCUGUGGGCUUUGAAGGUAGUUUUUGGUGAAAGAGCGCAGGGUUUCAGAGCACGUGCCGGAAGCUGACGUGUAUAAAGGACAUGAUGAGAAGUCUUGAUGAAUAAUAAAGAUAAGUGUGUU